AUGGCAGGUAAAGUGAGAAGAAUUGACACUUUUGACGAGGGUAUUGAAAGGUGGGAUGCAUAUAAGGAGCGGCCAGACCAAUAUUUCAUUGUAAACUCUAUUGAAGGAGAUAAAAAAGUCCCAGCGCUCCUCAGCUUAAUCGGCGGAAGGACAUGUGGGUUGUUGCGUGAUUUGACCGCCCCUGAGCUCCCAGCCACCAAAACAUACGCCGUGUUGACCAAGGUAUUACAAGAACAUUAUUCUCCAAAACCGCUAGUGAUAGCAGAAAGGUUCAGAUUUCACAAACGGGACCAGCGGGAUGGGGAGAAUAUUAGGGAUUACAACGCAGCCCUGAGAAAACUUAGUGAAAAUUGUGCGUUCGGGGAUAACCUCAAUGAUGCUCUGAGGGACCGGUUAGUUUGUGGACUGAAGGCAGAACACAUACAGAAAAAGUUGUUAACCGAGUCUGAUUUAACGUACCAGAAGGCGUUAGAGGUUGCUAUCGUCGUGGAAACAGCAACAAGGGAUGCGGUAGAGCUACAGAAACAGCACGUGAAGGUCCCUGUUAAUAAAAUAUGGAAAAGUAAGCCACAGACUGCACGGAAACCAUUUGUUCAUAAAAAUAAUGGGACAGAGUGUUACCGUUGUAAGGGUGCACACAAAGCAGAUGAUUAUCGCUUCAAGGACGCGAUUUGUCACGCGUGUAAUAAAAAGGGACAUAUCAAGAAGGCUUGCAGGUCUGGUAAGCCUAGAAAUAGAAGUGCUCCUGUACACAAAGUGCGAGAUGAUAGUGGGUCUGAGUCCGAACUUAUCAGUUCACUGGAAAUAUUUAACAUUUCUGACAGAUCGGGUGGCUCAGAUGUCAUCUGGUUAUACCCAAAGAUAGACCAGGUGGAACUUGCAAUGGAGUUAGACACUGGGUCAGCAGUGUCCGUCAUCAGCAAAUCUGCAUUUGACAAGUACCUUCCCAAGAGAAAGCAUGACCUCAAGGAUACCUCAGUAAUUCUUAAAACUUAUGGUGGUGAUAAGUUGAGUACACUUGGGAUAUGUACAGUGGAAGUUGAUCUAAAUAAUCAGCAUAAGUGUCUGGACAUGUAUGUAGUGAAACAUGGAGGACCACCCUUAUUCGGUAGAGACUGGUUGCACAAGAUAAAAUUGGAUUGGCACGAGAUAAAGUCUGUCGCAGUGGCCAGUGGUUCGAAACCCCCUCUGAGUGUGGCUCAGCAACUUCAGAAAUUUCCAAGUGUGUUAAAGGAUGAAUUAGGCACUCUAAGAAACAUCACUGCCAGGAUCAAGGUUAAGGAGGGAGCCAAUCCAAAAAUCUGUAAACCACGGACCGUACCCUUUGCGAUGAAAGAGAGGGUUGAGGCAGAACUAGACCGCCUAGUGAGCGCUGGCAUAUUGACCCAAGUUCAACAUUCCGAAUGGGCAACCCCGAUUGUUACCAAACCAAAACGGGAUGGAAGCAUCCGCAUAUGUGGGGAUUUCAAGGUCACAAUAAAUCCGGUUCUGGAUGUAGACCAGUACCCACUGCCCAAGAUUGACGACAUUUUCGCGACACUUGCUGGAGGCCAACAUUUCACGAAGAUUGAUCUCAGGAAUGCUUAUCUGCAAAUGGUUGUACGCGAAGAGGACCGACAUUACCUGACAAUCAACACACAUCGUGGGUUAUUUCAGUACAAUCGGUUGGUAUUUGGAAUUGCGUCGGCGCCAGCUAUUUGGCAGAGAUCCAUUGACCAAAUUCUUCAAGGCAUUCCACGCGUGCAGUGUAUCCUGGAUGACAUGAUCGUUACGGGCACGACCGACGAAGAUCAUUUGGCAAAUCUAGAAACAGUACUUGAGCGUUUAGACCGUUUCGGCUUGCGCGUUAACAAGGUAAAGUGUGAGUUUUUCAAAGACUCGAUCGAAUUUUGUGGGCACACCAUUGACAAAGAUGGACUACACAAGAUGCCAAGCAAGGUGGAAGCUGUUGUUAAUGCACCGCGCCCAGAAAACGUCAACCAACUCAGAUCAUUUCUGGGACUAGUGAAUUACUAUGCUAAGUUCAUUAAAAACUUGUCAUCAAUGGUAAACCCAUUGAACCAGCUUCUGGAGGCAAACCGGAAGUGGGGUUGGUCGGCAGAGUGCGAUACUGCAUUUCAGCGCGUAAAGGAAGCUGUGGCAUCGGAACAAGUACUGACUCAUUUUGAUCCAGGCAAGAAAGUGCAACUGACAACAGACGCAUCUCCAUACGGCAUAGGCGCGGUAUUAUCGCAUGUUAUGGAAGACGAAUCCGAGAGGCCGAUAGCCUUCGCGUCACGCUCGCUCUCAAAAUCUGAAUGCAACUAUGCGCAGAUUGACAAGGAAGCGCUUGCAAUUGUCUGGGGUGUGAAGAAAUUUUACCAAUAUUUAUAUGGGCGUCAUUUCAUUUUACUGACGGAUCAUCAACCCCAGACAUCGAUCUUUCACACAGAGAAAGGUAUUCCAGUGACAACCGCGGCAAGACACCAGCGUUACGCACUGUAUUUAGCAGGCUUCCAAUACGACAUCAAGUACAAAAGUACAGCAAAACAUGCAAACGCCGAUUGA